AUGGGGGUUUGGUGUGAGGCUAACCACCUCACACAGGAAAAAAUAUGGGUUCCAGAACAACACAAAACCAAGCCUCGGAUGAAAAACUAUUUUGAUAAGUUUAAUCUCGGAACCUGGAAUGUGCGAUCGCUGUACAUAGCGGGCGCACUAACAGUUGUAGAAGCUAAUUUAGAACGAUAUGGAAUUGCAAUAGCAGUAAUUCAAGAAGUUAGAUGGACAGGAGAAGGAAAUUUAAAAUCAAAGAAACAUACUAUCUUUUAUAGUGGUGGACAAAGACAUGAGCGAGGAGUAGGAUUUAUUGUUAGCAAUGAAUACUUACCAUACAUAAAAAGAUUUGAGCCGUAUAAUGACAGACUAUGUUAUAUCCAAGUUGAAUGUAAACAUAUGAAUUUAAUACUGAUAAAUGGCUAUGCACCUACAGAAGACAAGCAACAAGACGAGAAAGAAGCUUUUUAUGAAGACCUGAACACGAUAUUCGAAUCAAUUGCCAAAAGCCAACCGAAGAUUAUCCUUGGAGAUUUCAACGCUAAAAUAGGAAAAGAAAGCCUCCAUACUCAUUCUAAUGAAAAUGGAAACCGACUAAUUAACUUUGCAAUCUCUAAAGGACUAAGGAUAAGUAGCACGUGUUUCCCACACAAAAACAUCCAUAAAGAAACAUGGGUCUCACCCGGAGGUAGUACCAAAAACCAAAUUGAUCAUAUCAUGACAGAUUUGAAGAUAAACAAUAUUAUAGAAGAUGUCAGGAGCCAUCGUGGAGUGUCUGCUCAGUCAGACCACUUCUUAGUUAAAGCUAAAAUACAAAUUAAACUACCUCGUAAAUGGAGAAAAAGAAUAAUAAUAGAAGAAAAAGUUGAUAUAGAUAACAUAAAAAACUCUGAAAUGUUAAAAGAAUACAAAAAUAAACUAAAGAACAAAUUAAAGGACGGAAUAGAGGCAGAAAAUAUUGAAACCCGUUGGAAAAAAUUAGAGGGAAUAAUAAAAACAACUGCUUUGGAACACCUAGGAAAAAAGAAAAAAGUACAAAAGCAUAAAUGGUUUAACGAUAAGUGUCAAAGCGCAAUUGAAGAAAGGGAUAAAGCGAGAUCAUUGAUGCUUACAAACCCAAACACAGAAAACAAUAACAAUUUUGCCCAGAAGCUAAGAGAAGCUAAACGUAUAAUAAGAAGGGAAAAACGAUUAUGGGAAAAGGAAAGAUUAAAACAGAUUGAAGACAACAGGAUGAACCCGAAAUUCUUCUUCAAACAAACAAAAGAAUUAAAAACGGGGUAUAACCCCAGAACAGAAAUAAUGAAAGAAGAAAAUGGAGAACUUGUAACAGAAGGAGAAGAAAUUGCAAAACAGUUUGGGAAAGUGUUCGAGGAACUACUCAACCCACAAACGCACCAAGACCAUACGCAAAUUGAGUACUAUACAGCAGAACCUGAAGACGUAGAACCAACGGACGACGAAGUUAGAAUUACCAUAAACACACUUAAAAACAAUAAAUCGCCAGGUGAAGAUGGCUUAGCUUCAGAACUCUUUAAGUAUGGUGGUGAGGAACUAAUAAGAAAAGUAGGGAAUUUAAUCAGAGAUGUAUGGCAUAAAGAAGAAAUACCAAAAGAAUGGCAACUAGCAAUAAUAUGUCCAAUUUAUAAAAAGGGAGACAGGUCAAGCUACCAAAAUUACCGAGGAAUAUCGUUGCUAAAUACAAUGUACAAAGUAUUGUCAGGUCUCAUACUAAACAGUAUAAAACCUUACAUAAAAGAUAUCAUUGGAGACUACCAAUGA